AUGUUUCGAGCCAGCGACAUCUUUGGUCGACGGCCAGGCUCAGUGCCGGAGAAGCCAAAGGUUGAGAAGAAGGAUGAGCCAAAAGCUCGUACGUGGGACCCUGCAACGGGUCAAUUUGUCGAAGAAGACUUGCCUGCGGAGGUCCAGGAAAUGAUGCGCGCCUCCAAGCGACCAAAGGUGCAAGAGGCACCGCUCCGACCAGAGCCAGCACGGCCACAACGGCCGCCAGCUCCGCCCCCUGCACCGCCGCCAGUGCCUUUUGUAGCGAAGCCGGUGCCAGCCCAUGCAGCAAAUCUUGGCCCAAAGAGGCUGAGUGUUGUAUUCAGGGGCUUUACCAAGCAGGAACUAAACGCUCAAUAUGUGGAGAAGCCUGACCGACCCAUCCAGGGCAGGGUCAGCUUCUGGAAUCCUACACAGACGUAUUUUAUUUAUUGGCAGCGCUCUAUGGAAAGAUGUGCGAUUUGCGACAGCGGAAGCUAUCAACCAGCCAAAGAUGGCUCCGUUCCAGGAUGGGCGUACAGAAAAGAUUCGCAGCACUUCGCGAAAGCAAGCGACGGCUGGAUGGAGGUCUGGGGCAAUGCCUGGAAACCCGCUCAGGUGGUUUGCACAGUUAUUGAAGGGAACCCUACAGACGACGACAUUCUCGUCAAGGAGCCUGCCGCGACUUCUGCCCGGCCAGAGCUCACAGUGGAUCAGUACAAAUCACUGGUUGAACAAGUCUAUUCCAAGAAGAACCCAUCGAAGCUGGAGGACUUGCCUGGUUUGUUCGUCAAGUACCAGGGCCGUGAGCGGGAGCUCUUUGACCAGGUUUGUGACAAGUACAAGGCAAGCUUCGAGGAGCUUGUUGGAGGAGCAGCUGGCAGCACCAAUGGAGUUCCAAGUCAAUCCGAGGGCACACCCUCUGAGACUAGCGUGAUGCCAGAGCUCUCCGCGAGGCAGUACGCCAUUCUAGUGCAAGCAAUCUAUGAAAAGAAGAAUCCCACAAAGCUGGCAGAUUUGCCUCGGCUGCUGGAGCGGUACAGGGGGAUGGAGAAGGAGUUCUACCAGCAAGUCUGUGGGAAAUACCAAGUGCACCCAAUGAACUUCUACAAGGAGGGUGCAGCAUUGCUUGUAGAGAUUUGA